AUGCGGUAUGCAUUGAAUAUAAGUUGUGAAUAUAUAUCAAAGAACUUGUUUGGGCUGCUGUUCAGUGAUAUUUGGUUAUUUAAAGAUUCCCCUGUUAAUAGGCCUAAACCUUUCAAAUUUUGGGCUGCUCAUCCUAAUUUCUUGAAUGUAGUUAGGCUCUCUUGGCAUCAUGCUGUUCAUGGAAAUCCAAUGACUAUUCUGUUUUCUAAACUUAAGAGACUCAAAGUCAGCCUCAAAAGUUUCAACAAGGAAAAUUUUAGCAACAUAUUGGACAGAGUAAAACUCAAGAGACUAGAGUUGGAACAACAGCAAAUUCGCACUUUGAAAGGUGAGGAUAGCAUAGUUAAGGAAAUUGGUCUCCAAGCGGACUUAAAUUCUCUGGAGGAAGCUGAAGCAUAUUUCUUUAAACAGAAAGCUAAGGUUCAGUGGAUUCGUGAUGGUGACAAAAAUUCUAAAUUCUUCCAUUUUAUAGUUGCUUGCAGAAAUAAACGUGAUACUAUACGGGUUUCGGUGGAUGACCGUGGUUGCAGGCUUGAAUCUUUCGAUUCAAUGUCACAAGAAGUGCUCUCUUUCUACACCAACUUGCUUGGCACUGUUGACUCUUCUUUAAAGGAGAUUGAUCCUAACCUCCUCAAUGAUCUCUUAAAUUACUCCUUGCCUCCUGAAGCUGCAACCAGUCUUAUUAGGGACGUUACCGAUGAAGAAAUCAAAAAGGCCAUCUUUGGCCAAGGUAAUGAUAAGGCCCCGGGUCCGGAUGGUUUUACUCCCUUAUUUUUCAAGGAAACCUGGCAUAUUGUUGGGAAGGAUGUCAUAGCAGUUGUCAAAUUUUUCUUUACCAACAGCUUCAUGAAUUCAUCUUUAAAUUCCACGGUUAUCGCUCUUGUCCUUAAAAUUCCUAACCCAAUCUGCUUUCAUCAGAGGAAGGAAUAUUAUUGA